GUUUUGCCGUAGGCUUUGAGACAAGAAAAAAAGAGUAAAAAUUAUCCUUUCGUUGAUGUACAACUGCUGUCGCAGUAACAACAAGAAGUCUCAAAGUGUCACCUGGAAUGCUAUGACGAGCAUCUGUUUCUGGCCUAAUUGUCAGACAGCUAUUACAUGGAAGGUGUGCGGAAGAACGUGACGGGAUCAACCAGUCAUGGGUGAUGGCAGUAAUGACGGUGGUAACCUGCUGCUAAUGCGGGGUGUCUGUCCGUCUUACUGAGUUGCCCGCGCCAUUCUUAACCAACAGGUUUUGGCGCGCAACUACCAGCGCCACUGGCGAAGCUCGCUCUGUGCCAUGCUAUUCUUACAAACAGGGCAGCUAGUCAGGAGAACGCGACCCCAAAACGACGAGAAGCUACCUUGCACAGCUACUGCUUUAAAUUUUAGUGUUUGUGUAUUGGGUGAAAGAAAGUCACAGGUGUCAAUGGAAGGGUAUUUAAGCUUAGGAACAACGAAAGCUAUCGUGCACUAGCACAAUAGUGGGGAUCACAAAGUCAGUUCUUAAACCAGUUAGCAGGGCACAUUAAUGAAAAUAUGUUCAUAAUUAACAUCAGCUCACGUAACAUUGGUACAGACAGAGGGAAUAUUGAUCUGAUUUAGGUGUUCUCGACAAAUUUAGUGUGUCCACUUUGAACUCUAUGUGCUACAACGGGUUACCUAUUUAUGCCAGUAAAUUCUUUUUUCGCAAUGGCAGGCCCGUAAUGUGAAGCAACAUUGUUAUGGGCAAGGGUUAGAAAUUCUUGUACAAUUAUCUAACCUAAUUCAACUAUCAUAGGAAACUAUAAUAAUAUGGCUUCCUUCAAAAUUUUGAAAGGUUUGAAAAGAUACGGUCACAGGUGAUAUUAAUUCUUCCUGCAUAUUUAGGUGCCAACAUAGAACAAGCACAACGACUAAUAACGAAUAGACGUGCUUAACCGUGCUUUCGGAUGAGAAUGAGCUGCAUAUGCUCGCUCGUUGCGAGUGAUAGCAAACCUGAACUGGAUAAAUGUAACCAUAUCCCGAUCGGGCAUAACAUUUGAUAUUCGUAUUGUACAUGCUUGUCGUCAAGUUAAUCACGGCCAGCUGCCGUCACCAGCGCUAUUUAUCGAACAAUGGCAAAGCAGACGUCCUCGUACUUCAAGACACCGUGGAUGAGUUUGUCUCAAAACUAAGCCGUACUCUUCGACAAAAGCAGGUUGUACAGGACGAGGUCAUUCAGAAACAGGCUGAACAACUCAAUCCUAUUGCAGGUACCGCAAACAGCGAGAGCAACAACAACAGCACGAGUCAAAGUUCAAUGGAGCAGUCUGUCGUGGCAACAAUGGAUCCAAGUAUGUCGCGACGCAAAGGGCGACCACGGAAAAUAGUUGGGACGCCAGCUGUGACGCUGGACGAAAACCAUCGUCAAUGCGCAAAAACGACGUUGCUUGAGGAACAGAAAACUCUGCUCGUUCCAAUACAAAAUGACUUACACCGAACGUCGACUGCUACGAAUAAUGGCGAGCCAACGAAGUACGAGUCAGCAAGCACGUCGUCGAUUACAAACCAAAAUACUGUAAGGUCAAAUAGAAAAUUUUUUUUGGCUGAAAUUCAUUUGCAGCGAUUGAAAGAUACGGAGGAGGUUAUCCGGAGGGCAGCAAUUCAAUAUGCGGAGGGACGUAGUGCUCGGCGAAAUCGAAAAAGCGAAGGCUCUCCCUCAAACUUAUCCCCGGCAUCUACAGACCCCAUCGUUGUUCCAGUUACAAUUUCACCCGGAAGAACAGCUGUUGCGUCUUCAAAACCUCGAUCGAUCUCACCGAGUUCAUCUUUUGACAGUUCUGAAGCAGAGUACAAACCAGGCGAAUUGGUUUGGUGCAAAUUAGGCAAUUACCCCUUCUGGCCAUCGAUUGUAUCGACGGAUCGAGUUAGUCGACGUUACGUGCAAAAAUCUCGGUUUGGAUACCUGACGUACUAUGUUCAGUAUCUUGGGGAGAAGGUACCAGUAUACGGUUGGACCGGUGCACCGCAACGAGUGAUACCAUUCAAAGGUCUCAAAGAGUUUCGUCGGCUAGUGGAUGCUAGGAUUGCUCAAGAAAGUAGCAAGUUGAAGGUCCGCGAACUUCGUGACUUUUUUGCUCUUCGGUGCGUUAGCGAGGCUCGUAGGGAAAGUUGGAACCGAGCGGUAUCUAUUGCAGAACAACGGUUGGCCAACGGCCCCAAUGCUCAUGAUGGAAUCAUUAAAAGUUCGGAAAUUGAGGAAGAUCUGGAUGGCAACCCUGUUCGGGCUAAUGAGGCUGGCGAUAAUUAUAGUGAUGUGCCUAGUGGUCGAUCCUUGUCGCCGUCUUCGGAUGGUUUUGGUGCCGUGUCUUCCGAGGCGUCCCAUCGAAGUCGUAAGCGGUCACCUGGCUCAUAUUCAUGUUCGAAAGGAUCCAUAUCAUGUGACAAACCUACAAGUCAGAUGGCGAAUAGCCAAAAAAAGAUGCGAGCUCAACUUCAAAAACGUCUCGCAAAGCUAGUGCGUCGUACAUCAUUAAAUAGCCAUAGGCCAAUAUUCGAUGGAUCUUCAGACAGUAGUUCUUCGUCCGAUGGCGGUUUAAGCUCAGCCGUUUCCGUUAAUUCUGACAAUACUCCUAGAUCAGUCAGUAGUAUCACUUCGGAUCGUUUUGUGACAUCUCACUCUGCGGUCGCUGGUGCUUUUCGCAAGGAUCUUUGUAGCAAACGGCGUCAGAACGUUGUGGAGCACGGACAGCUUGCAAAAGCUGUCUGCUCGACUUGCCUAAAGGCCGAGAUUGAAGGUGGUGAAGUAUUGGUAGCGUGUGCUUGUGGCAAUUUUUUCCAUAAGAGUUGUUGCCCGGAAGGUAUGAGCACGAUCGCUAACUCUUCGUCCAGUAAAGUACUAGUAACGGACAAUAGCAAGAACUUUGACGCCGGAAAAGCCAGGGAAAAAAAGACUGAGAAAAACGCUGCUGAGGGGGUACAAGAAACGAUACCAGAACAAAGAAUUGACAGUAGUGAAACUGUCACUCCAGAGGAGACCGAUGCUGCAGAGAGGCAAGUGACUGAAGGCCGAUGUGCACAAUGCAUUUCUACGUUAUGCUGUAUUUGUGGAGCUGAACGCGAAAAUGAAGAGCCGAUUGCGGCCCGUUGCUGCUCCCGACGGUAUCACUUACAUUGUGUACAGCAAGCUAGUUUAUUUGUGAAGCUCUCUGCAGAUAAAAAGAAAAUGCUCGGCUGCCCUCGAGAUACCUGUCUUUCAUGCCACUCCAUCCAGCCAGGUAUCUCGGUGAGGAAAAGUGGUUUUAUCAGAUGCGUCAAGUGCCCAGCGACGUACCAUCGUCGGCGAUCCUGUGUUCCCGCAGCUUGCACCUUUUUAACGGCAGACCUUGUCCUAUGUCCCCGUCACCUAAGGACAUCGACGAAAAAAGUGAAUAUGGAUUGGUGUCAUGUUUGCGGCGAGACAGGCGACCUUGUGUGUUGCGACGUCUGUCCGGUAUGCGUUCAUCCGGAAUGCGUUAACAUAUCGGGUCCGGUCGACGAUCUUCGUUAUGAGUGUCCCGAAUGCUCGGACUGGAUAUUUCCUGCCUUCGGCCGAGUGGUUUGGGCAAAACUAGCAAAUUAUAUUUGGUGGCCAGGCUACGUCGUGCACCCGUCCGAUCUGCCGGAAGCUGUGCGAAAAGCGAAAAAACCUGGGGACCAUAUGGCGGUCUAUUUUUUCGGCACACACAAUUUCUCUUGGCUGCUUCUUACACAGGUCUAUCCGUUUCAAGCUGAUGAUGAGCGACAAUCACGAAGCAAGACGUUUAAAAGGAAAAGCGCAACCUGGAACAAUAACUAUCAAAGAGCCUUAACCGAAGCUGUCGAUGCAUUGGAGAGAUGGAACGCUGAACAGACCAUGAAAACGACAUUUGCUGGACCACCAAAAUAUCGUCACAUUACUGUCAAUACGGUACUCUUGAAAAGUGAAAGCUGUCGUGUGCCUCGGCCCCGCGACGAUGAGCAGGUAUGUAUCUGUACUGCAAAAUCGCCAUGUAAUGAUGUCACCUGCUUAAAUCGAGCGAUCAAUAUCGAAUGUGGAUCAGGAUGUCCGAUGGGUGAAAAGUGCCAAAACCGAAGAUUUCAACGUCGUCAGUACAAGAAAACGACAACGUUUUUGACAUCUGACGGCCGCGGUUGGGGCCUGCGAUCAGAAGAGGCUAUACGCAAAGACGACUUUGUCAUCGAAUACGUUGGAGAGGUGAUCGAUCGAGAGGAGAUGCGUCGGAGACUGGAAAGGCUGGCGGCCGAAUCCGAUAAAAAUGUCUACUUCUUGACGGCUGAUUCAAAACGUAUUAUUGAUGCUGGACCAGCUGGCAAUGUCAGCCGGUUCAUUAACCAUUCGUGUUCUCCUAACUUGUUUGCUCAAAAGUGGCUUGUUCGAGGAGAACCUUCUGUUGGCUUGUUUGCUGUGCGCGAGAUUCAACCUGGUGAAGAACUAGUAUUCGACUAUCAGAUGGAGUUCGAGCACACGUUCAGGCACGAGUGUCUUUGUGGAGCAGCGAAUUGUGCCGGGUUUCUGGGCAUCUCCACACCGACGCAGAGAUCACCGUCGCCUGCCGAAUCUGGUGCAUUGUCGGCUACGUCGAGCACGAGCAGCAAAAAAAGCUCCAUUAGUGAUAAGCCAAAGAAGAGAAAGCUAAUGAAAAAACGGAAAGAUCCAGCUAAGAUGAUUGUUGCAAAGGCUACCCGAACGAUCGCCAACCUCAAAAGGCGUUAUGAUGCCGGUGCAAAAGAUAACGAACCCAUAAAAAAAGUGGCCCGCCGUGGGCGACCUCCCAAAAAGCUAGCAACUGGUUAAUAGCUACUACUGCCAUUAUACCCAUAGGUGAUAGAAUUUUACAAUUAAGAUGAUUCGAUGUGUAUAUGGAUCACACGUUACGCAUUAUUGUAAGUAGGUUAUAUAAUUCAAUAGGAAAUAAUGAGUCUGUCAUGUGUUUCUUGUUGUGGUCUUUUUUUGUGUUAUAAGCUAUUCGUACAUAACGUGGAAGGUUAUAUGGUUAUAAAAGCUUGACUUUGCGACAAUCGUCAACCGUUCAAAGUUAUUGAGCUAUUGUGUAGUUUACGCAAAACAAAGGAAUUCGUAUUUUUGUAUUCUACCUUAAGUAGAUGAAAGCGUAGUCAUUUACGUCGCACUUGAUAACGCCAAGGGGCCAAUGGCUAAAUAUUAUAUAAUGAAUUAUAUAUAAUAUAACAAUAAUAGUUAUAAGAGA